AUUAAUCAUGUAUUGCUUUGUUUAAACUUUAAACAAUAUUAAACAUUGAACAUAGUGAGUGAGUUCAUACACAAAUGCUAUAAUUACACUUUAAUUAAAGUCAUUUCAAGGCUGAGAGAGCAACCACAUCGAAGUGCGCAACUCGUGCACGGUCCGCACGCAACCGAAUCGACGUUUCGUUUUGUGAUCCAAGUGGUGCCAAGGUUAGACAGCGUUCGAAAAACGUACCAGGAAACAGCGCAAGAGUGUAGCAAUUGCUGGGAUGCGGUCGGACACCGUCGUAGCGGAGUUAAAGCCGGAGAAGUCCAGGUAAAUGACGAGUUACGGUGCUUACUGCUGGUGGUUACGGUUUUCGCGGACUAUCGACGCAUUCGAUGCCGCUUUUCAAAUUUGUUGUGAAAACAAACAAGAGUGCACCUCGUUGCGUCUUUAAAAACACUUCAAAACAAUGUUACCGCAAUUGUACAAAUACGUUCGCAUAUCGCUUAAAAUACUAUUCAGUCCAAUUCUAGUAUUUGGCUGGUUUGAUUCUAGCUGGCUUUCAUGGACCAAGCAUUCCAAUACAAUGUUGAGGACAAUUGAGAAGAAAAUUUUACAGUAUUGCUCCACCACUUACAGGGGUUGGUUUGUUGAUGUUGGUCCUGUUGUGGGACCAGCAGACAGGAUAUGGACAAUAUCCAUGAAUGUUGAGUCUCCAAGGACACCACUGGUUAUGUUACAUGGAUUAGGUGCUGGAGUUGCACUCUGGUGUAUGAAUUUGGAUGCUUUGGCUGCCAAUAGACCAGUGUAUGCUUUUGAUUUAUUAGGCUUUGGAAGAAGCAGUCGGCCCUGUUUUAGCAAUGAUGCAAUGGAAGCCGAAGUGCAACUCGUUCGUUCAAUUGAAGAAUGGCGUAAAGAAAUGAAACUAGAAAAAUUUGUUCUUUUGGGACACAGUAUGGGUGGUUUUCUCGCCGCGUCAUACGCAAUCAGUCAUCCAGAAAGAGUGAAACAUCUUGUGUUAGCCGAUCCGUGGGGAUUUCCCGAGCGUUCUCCUGAACCUGCGAAAAGGGAUACACCACUUUGGAUCAAAGCUUUAGUGUACACCCUGCAACCAUUAAACCCACUGUGGGCAGUACGCGCAGCUGGUCCCUUGGGGCAGUGGCUCGUCAGCACGGCUCGUCCAGACAUUACUAAGAAAUUUUCAGUUUUUGUCAAAGAAGAGUCACUUGUGACACAAUAUCUUUACCAGUGCAAUUCACAACAACCAUCAGGCGAAAGCGCAUUCCAUUCCAUGAUGAGUGGUUUCGGUUGGGCAAAACAUCCGAUGGUGAAUCGAAUCGAACAGUUGGAUAAAACCGUUCCUAUCACUUUGGUGUACGGGUCACGCUCUUGGGUUGAUAAUUCUGCCGGCGAGAUUAUCAAAGAAAAGAGACACGAUUCAGAAGUUAAUUUACAAGUAAUUGUCGGUGCUGGACAUCACGUUUACGCCGAUAAACCGGAAGUCUUCAACGAAUACGUAAUUGAGGCAUGUGACAAGGCCGACGGGGUAUAUUCACCAAACGCGAUUGAGAGUUCGGGACAACUGGCCAUUGCAGAUGUGCCCAGCUCGCCAUCGGUAUUAAAAGACGACAAGGAUAAGUAGCCUAAAAUCAAAACAAUACGCGUACCUAAAUUAAAUAUGAUUAAACUAGGUAACUACAAUAAUUAAAUUAUUUUCCUUUCAUAUGUGUAAUUUGUAACAAACAUUCAUAGAAACUUCUCAUAGACUGUGAUACACUUAAAUGGACCGUUUGUACAGAGAUUAUUUUAUUUUAUUGAAUGCACACUGAAAACGCAACGUAUUCUGAUUACAAUCAUGUGUGCGGAAUAUCGAUGUUACUACUAAAUAAAUUUUUAUGUUGCGA